UGGCAGGGAUUGGUCAGAGUUUUUACAGGCCUGCAGCUCUCACAGAGAUCUGUUUUUUUAACCUUCUUUUUCUGAAUACAUAAUGUGUUGACUACUUUCAGGGUGGAAGGUCCAUUUCACCCGAUAUAACAAAAAGUGUUAUAUUGGGUGAAAUGGACAGGAUUAACAACUAUAUCUUUAAGGGUUCAUUAAUUUUUUACAAAGGCACGUUCAAAAUUGUGCCCAACUCAUUUAAUCCUUUUGUGUUACAUACUUGUCAGACAUUGUUAUUAGCAUACCAACAGUCAUCUGUUGUAAAGGGCUUUUUUGAAUUAACUUGUUUAUAAAUAAAUAUUCAAUAUUUUAACUUUUUGUGUUUUCUGAAAAACCUGAAAACUGGAUUAGGCUGUUAUUUUAUGAGGGUGUCACUGUUGAUAGGCAGAUUUUUUUUUUGGAGAAAUACAAAUAGAUUAAAUUAUUCCAUCUCUAAUUUGUACAAAAAAAAAAAAAGCAAAAAUAGCACAUGCUUAUUGCAAUAAGAAAAAAGAUUUUUGAAAAUCUGUAAUGACCCGAUCAUGGGUGUUUCUGAGUGAUUGAACAUAAAACACAAAACCUAUAUUUGAAUGAUCAAUUACAUGAUAGAAUUACAUUAUAGACAUUCAUAAGUGCAACUUUAAAAAUGUGUUUCGAUUUUUAGCUGCUUUUUUUUCUUUAAAAAACAAAUUCCAAAAAUAAUGACAAAUAUAAACAGCAAGGCCUUGUGGAGUGCUAUGAUGGAAAAAGUUACCUUUUAUCUAUAAUCUAUUCAGAUCUAUACAUUUUAAUAUUUCUAUUCUUCUUGUAUCUUAAUCAGUUGAAAUAAAAAAUCACUAGUGCAUAAAUGCCUGUCUAUAAAUUGGCAUAUCCUUAUAUUGAUUAAAUAUUCCUAUAAAUAAUUUUGUGAAAUUAAAAUUGUAUGACUAUUGAGUUUUUAGAGUGGUAUAGUUUAUUUGUGUAAUGUUUCCCACAAAUAUUGUUUACAGCUCAUGAAAUCCCCAAAUUCAGUUUAUUAACUAUUUUUGUUUGCCUCAUAGGACCAAUUAAAAAGCUGAUUUUAAACACUAGUGCCAGAUAAUACAUAUUCAUUGGGUAGAUUGUUAACUUGAGUUUCUUAAGCAGACGUCAAUAAACCCUUCAACAGGCAGGUUAAACCACGAACAGUCAUAGAUGAAGAAGCUGUGUGGUGAACACCUGGGGCAACGAGUGGCACUCCUGAAGAUAUCUUAUUUGGAAAAUCAAGGUCCAACUCUUUCAGUGCUGUUGCUUUAUUGUGUUUUUCAACUCCAAAGUCAGCUCAGCUGUUUACAAAAGGUUAUAUAUAUAUUUUUCCUUCUGUUGACAAGCUUUAUAAAGAUGAUAAUGAAAUCUUAACAUAAUGAAAUUAUGAUGAAAUCUUCAGGCAGGUUUUGGCACCUGGCCGCAAUACCAAACCCACCAGUACCUGCAGCUGAAUUAUCAUGAUCUCACUGCUUGGUUAGCCAAACUCGUCUGAAAUAAAUCCAGAAAAAAAUUGUGAAGCUCAGUCUAAGAUGAUAGACACAACAGCCCACACCGCAAGCAAGCUAAAUCUAGUAUUAAGUCCAAUCAGGAUUUAUAUUAAGAGAGCUACAGGCUCAUUGCCCCCAAACCGUGCUGCAUUGAUGCAGUAAUUCAUGCAAAAAGGGCUCUGUGUUUUCAUUUCCAACAUAAUGUUUGCACUCAAAACUUGUUCAGGAAAGUAAAUAUAGUAUAUUAAAAUAGAGCCCUGAAGGUUUAAAAAUGUUUUAAUUACCAGAGAAACACGAUUUUUGGCUUUUGCGCAAUCAAAAUUAAUAUAAACACUGAAAGAAUAUCACUUUGUGAGUAAUACAAACUACAUUUGUGAUGUCAUUCUCAUUUACCGAUAUGCACCCGUGAGAGAAAAUCAUUUUGAAAGAGACUUUCAUAUUAUCAGCCGUCCAGUGAGCCAGCCAGCGGUGUUUAGAGCGCCCCCAAUGGCUUAACGUCAGAAAAACAGCUCUGGACCGCUUAAGUUUCACUUUCUGAUUACUGGAAGCGGCGAUUACUCAUAACGACGGACUAAAAUGAGCACAGACGCCCAUGGUUUUAUUUGUUCUUAAAUAAUCGACAGCUUAAGCCGAGGUUCAGUUCGUCGCGCAGGGAGGUAACCAGGAAGAUACAAGAGAAACCGCUAAAUUGCUCUCUGCCUUUUACUCCAUUUGGUAAAGAAAAUGAACAUUUUACUGAAGGAAAUACGGGACUACAAAUGGGACGCGGCGAAGGUGCUUCAAAGAGCUGAUUUCUGCUCAGACUCCGAGAUCCAGUCUCUCACCAGAGAAGAUCUGCAUGAGCUUUUUCCUGGAGCUGAAAAGCUAAAGCUGAGAAGGAAAAUCUUUGAAAUAAUAAACAAACAGAAACCAGUUGAGAAGCUUCUGCAAGACCUUAGGGGUUUCAUCCCAGAGGAUUCUAUAAAGGAUGCCCUAACCAGCAAUGGGGUGUUGGUUGACUACCUCCGUCUCCUGAAGGACAUGAAGGCUCAGCUGAACCAUGUGCAGAGUUUCAUUGAUGCACACGUUAGUUUACUGGAGGACAUCAAAGCUCAGCCACAGCAGAAACAUGAUCCAGGUCCUCCAGCUAAGACGCUGGAUACUCCAAGAAAGACGGUGGAUACUCCAACUAGGACACUGGAUACUCAAAUAACUUCCAGAUAUCUUUCAAAUGACACCCCUACACAAACAUCUCAUGUGACAGGGGGCCAAAGUGCUCGGUGUUCCAUGCCAUCAAGUUCUGGCAAUUAUGGUGCACAAGUGACGGGGUUCAAGUACAGAACAGUGAUCAGCGGUCAAACAUUUAACGCUCAUAAUCAGAUUCUGGAAAAUCUGAAGAGCUCACCCCAUCAUCUGAACCUGGUGGAGAGCCAGAACAGUGAGGAUUGCCAGAUUGUUUUCGUCUUCUGUCCCAUCUCUUCACGGACAGGGACAGACGUGGAUGCAGCCAUGAAAAUGGUUAAAGAUGAUAAACCAGUCAUUCUGGUUUUGAUGCAUCACGCUCAUGAAGCAAAACACGUCACCCCGAUGGGAACCUGGGACCAUAACCCUAAGAUUGUGCAACAUGUCAAUGUUUUCUACCAUGAGACAAUGAGAGGAUUACUAGACUGCAAAGAAAAUAAUGGGGCCAUCUCUACAAUAGGCACAGAAUUAAGAAAACAUGGAGCAAAAGCUGAGCCAGGUGAAUAUUCAGCAAGCACAGGAGGUCUCCACAGAGCUUUCUCUAUGGGUAAUAAUGACCGCACUGGACAUCACAUUGAGAAUAAAAGAUCUGGUAUUUUGGGUUAUUUUUCAAACAGAUCAUAGCUGCCAAUGGGUGCGCUGAUUGGGACAUUUAUAACAACCAACAGUGUAAAACAGUUUCUGUCUGUAUUAAUCAUAUUAAUUAUGUUUCUAAUGUUAAUUACUACUACUAUUUAUAGUUAAUUCUCUGUCUUUUACUACAUAAUAAGUAAAUUUGCAUGCAUUCAGACUACCCUUUGUCUAACGCAAAUAGAAAUUAUAUUAUUGCACAUAAUUGAGGGAUGGAAACGGCAUGUUUGACUUUACUGUUCUGUGUAAAUGCUUUCUGACAUCUUCGUGACUGUAAACAGGGAUUUUAGUCCACCACAUAAACCAACAAUAUCAAGAGUUGUUGUGUCAUGGCUUAUCUUUAUUUUCAACAAUAAUUAAGACAAACCUUUAAUAACAAAGUCCCUUUUUUAUGUUAUGUAGGGUUUUGUUUUGAAUAACCUGGUCCAUUGCAAAGCCACAUAUAUAUUGUAACUGUUGCUGUUGAAUUUAUUGUAACGACACAUUCAGAAAUAUUUGACCAAAGCGCUUUGCUGUUUAGCCAAACCAACAUCAACAUAAAGAAGAAAAGAAGUACGUAGUACCAGUUAGGAUGAUGAUGUGUUUUUUUUCCAAUGUGAAAUCAAUGUAAGCAAAAGCCUUUGCUUAGCUGCCUGCUUAGAAUAUCAUGCCUGUAAAACGUAUGUUUCUUUUCCUAAUCAUGUGUUAUUCAUGUCAAGUCAUAUUCAAGUCAGACUGACUUGUAUUUUGUAUUAAUCACUCAAUAAAAAAAGGUCCCAGGGUGUGUCCUGUACCUGUCAGCG